CAUGGCUGGCGCACUUCAAAACGCAAAGAGAGAUCUUCCAAAGAUCAGGGAUGAGGCCAGGGAAAGCAGGUUUGGUCAGGUCUUUGGCGUCUCUGGCCCCGUCGUAAUUGCUGAAAACAUGGUUGGCGCCGCCAUGUACGAACUUGUUCGUGUUGGUCACGAUGAACUCGUUGGAGAGGUUAUAAGAAUCGAGGCCGACAAAGCCACUAUCCAGGUUUAUGAAGAGACCUCAGGUGUUACAGUCGGUGAUCCUGUUCUACGCACUGGAAAGCCCCUCAGCGUCGAGUUGGGUCCAGGUCUGAUGGGUAACAUUGUUGACGGAAUUCAGCGUCCGCUACGAGCAAUCCAAGAGCUCUCUAAAUCGAUUUACAUACCGCGUGGCAUCAACACCGAGGCCCUUGAACGAUCGCUACAAUGGGACUUCAAACCCACCACAUUCCGGGUUGGGGAUCAUAUUAGUGGGGGUGAUAUAUUUGGUGGCGUCUACGAGAAUUCGCUUGUCGACAAUCACAAGAUUAUGCUCUCACCUCGAGCGCUCGGCACAAUCACCCACAUCGCCGAGAAAGGCCAGUAUUCCGUCGAGGACGUUGUUCUAGAAACGGAGUUUGAGGGAAAGACGACAAAGCAUACGAUGAUGCAACUCUGGCCAGUACGGGCACCUCGCCCUGUGGCCGAGAAGCAGACAGCGGAUUAUCCACUCCUUACUGGUCAGCGUAUUCUUGAUGCCCUAUUCCCUUGUGUCCAAGGUGGUACAACUGCGAUACCCGGAGCAUUCGGCUGUGGAAAGACAGUCAUUUCUCAAGCCCUUUCAAAAUUUUCUAAUAGCGAUAUCAUCGUUUACGUUGGGUGCGGAGAGCGCGGGAACGAGAUGGCAGAAGUUCUGAUGGAGUUUCCUCAACUUACGAUGGAAAUUGGCGACCGUCAAGAACCCAUCAUGAAACGAACUACCUUGGUUGCCAACACCUCCAAUAUGCCUGUCGCUGCACGUGAAGCCUCUAUUUAUACUGGGAUCACCCUUUCCGAGUAUUUCCGCGACCAGGGUUCCAACGUGGCCAUGAUGGCCGAUUCAACUUCUCGCUGGGCAGAAGCUCUCCGGGAAAUUUCAGGUCGUUUGGCAGAAAUGCCAGCGGACUCCGGUUACCCCGCCUAUCUUGGUACUAAAUUAGCUAGUUUCUACGAACGCGCCGGGAAGGUUGUAUGCAUUGGAAACCCUGAGAGGCAAGGCACGGUUUCAAUUGUUGGAGCCGUGUCACCUCCCGGUGGUGAUUUCUCGGAUCCUGUCACAUCUGCAACGCUUGGUAUAGUACAGGUCUUCUGGGGCCUCGAUAAGAAGCUUGCACAACGGAAACACUUCCCGUCCGUCAAUUGGUCCCUCUCUUACUCCAAAUAUACCAAGGUUCUAGAGCCGUACUAUGAAACAACAGAGCCGGGAUUCGUGGAGCUGCGCACGAAAACGAAAGAAAUUCUUCAGAAAGAGGAAGACUUGGCUGAGAUCGUACAACUGGUUGGAAAGAGUGCACUGGGAGAAAAUGACAAGAUCACACUGGAAGUGGCGCGGAUGUUGAAGGACGACUUCCUGCAACAGAACGGAAUGAGCGAAUACGACCGCUACUGUCCAUUCUACAAGACCAGCGCAAUGUUGAGGAACUUUGUAGGAUUCCAUGAUGCGGCCAUCAAGGCGGUCACUCAGAAUGAGGUCACAUUCGCAAAGAUCAAGGACUCGGUGGGAGACAUUAUGUUCAAGCUUUCUCAAAUGAAAUUUGAGUCACCAUCCCAGGGCAAAGAGGCCAUCAAGCAGAAAUUGGACGGGUUGUAUGUAGAAAUGCAGGAUAAAUUCCGUCAAAUGGCCGAGUGAUGCCUCGAUGACGUAAUUUGCACAUAGGUUUCAGUUCUGUUAUAAUAUGAGCGCCCUUCAUUCACCUCAUUUCACUCCC